CCCCUUGAGCAACUUUCGUUCACGCUUCACAUGGAGUCGUGAUGUUUCCGCCAUAAGCAGAUCAAUUUUGUGAAAAAUAACCUUAAGUGCACUCCAAGAUGCAAAGGGAAGGAAUGAAUGUUGAGACAGCAGAUUACCUCACAUCACUCCUGCAGAGGUACGAUGCAACAGAUGGUGGACUUCCUGCUGAAGCCAUUCUCCCACCAGUUCCAGUUCCAAGAGAGAGGUUGGGUCCUCCAACACCCGCUGAGUUCCUUGUACCCGCAGUUAUUCUUUGGGAUCCUUUAAACCAAGUUCCAAAUCUGACAGAGUUAGCCUGUCCUCAUGAAAUCCAUGAUAAUGAAGUCUGUGUGCUUAGGGCACACACAAGUAACAAGGGUAAUUAUGGAAGGUGGAAGGCUUCUAGAGGAACACAGGAUAUUCCCAGGGCCCUUUACUGCUGUGAUGGCUGUACACUGUUGGUGAGUCGCUUGUAUACCUGCAAGAAAGGCCACAAGAUAAUAUCUCAUGAUCCACGACUCAUGGAGAACAUUCCCUCAUCAUAUCAAGUCCCAUUUUAUCUGUUACACAGAACAGGUUUUACCCAUGAGUUAGCCACCUGGGUCCAUUCUUGUGUGCUUGCUGGUAUGACCUUUCACGAGAUUGAAGAGGUUUUGAUGCAAAGGCACCGAGAUGCUUAUGAAGAACGCAGAUGUAAGUUUGAUGCAGAAGUCAAGUCAUAUCUUGAAAAGAAUCCAGAAAAUCAGUCAGCUGUGGAAGCAUUUCCUGAGUUCAAGACUUCCCAAGUUCCUUCUUUGGAGACAACGAUGUCAAGCAUAGUGCACAUGUUUGAAGGCAAUGAGCAGUUCUACAUACAGAGAAUGAGUGAAUGGCCAGCCAAACGCAUUACUGCUGGAUACUACUUUAAAGUAGCGACAACAAUCGGUGAAAAACUGGAGACAGCUGGAAAAUGGAUCACCCAUUUUAAGAACAUGUACACAGUCAUGAAUGAAAAGGGUCAGGUGGUAGCCUGGAAGUUUACCAAAGAAAAAGAUCUAAAUGAUGUGAAAGACAUCCUGGCAGGACUGCAGCAACGUUUUGAGAGGCAAGGCAGACAACUGGAGAUGGUUCUUGUGCCAGAAUGUUGUGAAACCAGAGACCAAUUUAAUGCAACAUAUGGCAUAGAGGUCCCAGUCAAACUUGAAUUGUCAAAAGCAGUUCACAGAGUUGUGAGGAAAAUCCCUGCAAAGAAAAGAGAAGAGAAUCCGCUGACCAAAGCUUGUGUUCGUGACUUCGCCCUGGCCUUGCGUUACCCAACAGACAGGGGAGACAUCCGCAAUGAAGCAACACCUCCACCAGAUGUCAUCUCUGAAAACCUUGAUGCCUUUGUGGAUGGUUGGAAAGACAUCAUUGAAGGGAAUGAGCGGGUGUUAACUCUGGCAGCACAGAGACAGAUCGUACAGCUAAGAACUCAUAUAGAAUCAGGAUGUCUGUCAGAAAUCCCAGCCUCUCCAGGAAGUGAAAAUAUUGAUGAGCUGCACAACAUUUUGAAGCCUGUCUUGGAGAGGAAGUUCCUAAAUGCCGACAUGGCCUUAGCCCUUAUUUCAACACUUCUCUACGUGUGGAACGAGAGGAGAGCAAAUUCAUUACCCAAAGGUGCCCUUGUCCGGCCAAUAUCAAAGUACAGGGGAACGCUGGAAGUCAGUGGGUUCACACCAAGUCCUGAAAGAUUUGGGAUUAUCAAGGCUGAAGAUGAUGAAAAUGAUGACUCCUCUUCUGCCAAUUACUCCUUUGAUGUUCUAGCUUUGCAGUGCUUGAUACUUGAUGCAUUUGGUGGAAACAGAGAGGCAGAGAUCCAAGGAAAAGGCAGUGAAACCUGUUUAAGUGAGGCUGCUCUGAAGAAAGUUAUUGCAAGAGCAUCCAAUUUGCUGUCAGUAUGGGAGAUCCUAAAGACACAGGCCGUGCAUGAAGUGUCCAUCAAUCCUCGUCUAAUGCAUCUUAUGGCAUGUUCUUUGAUCCUAUUCAGCCGAAAUGAAUGUGCUAUUGAUGACAGAUCAAAUCAUGAAACAAGGCUGAAUGAAACACUGAGAUAUUAUCAGUUGAUGGUCUUCUCUGUAAAGAAGGAUACCACUGAAGCAGAUGGAUUUUUCACUGCAGUCAGUUCAGGACUUGACUCCAUUCUGAGAAGUGAUUUGCCAGAAACUGAAUCAGUGAAACAGCACCUUGCCUCUAUUGGAUAUCACACUGAUGAAGGAAGCAGCCUAGAGGAAAAUGUUUCUGUGCUGCGACAGUUGAUCAGCGAUGAGUGGCUUGCAGGUGAAGAAGAAUACAGCAAACUUCUGGUCUCACACAUGAUAAGUUUUGCAGAAGAAGCUCAGGCAUUCAGGAAAAGAGGAUACUUCAAAGCUGAAAUGUCAAAUCUCCUGCCAAUUGCAGCAGCAAAGGUUUUAAAAGUGCCAGUCAUUGUCUUCACUUCCCUUCAACAUUUUCCUAUUGUCCCAGUUGUACCAUCAGAUGCCAUCAUUAUUGGUUCUUGCAUACAUGUCGCAUACAAUGCAGCAGGCUUUGGAGGGUUUUAUGAUGUUGGCACAUAUGUUAGCAGUUCCAUUGUGCUUCCAAAACUGAUGACUGAUCCCGUGGCAAGGCGCAGAGAUAGCAGGAAACGAUAUAGAGAGAAGAUGGCAUUGCUGAAGGUCAAUCAACCAGCAAAGAAGAGAGGAAAGAAGCCCAAAACAGCUGGUUCACAGGAAGAGAACCAUGAAGAUGGCAAAACUGAGGCAGAGGCUGAUGAUUCUGUUGCUUCACAACAUGAUGAUUCCAUGGAUGUCUCUUCAGCUGAUAUAACUGACCAAGACAAAUCCAUGGAUGCAUCAGUGCAAGAAACAGAAGGGGAAACCUCAUUGGAGUCAUCAGCAGUAGUAAAUGAUAUCGAUGAAGGAGUAGAAGCUGCAGCAAACCUCCUUGAAAUGGCUUACAGUGAGGCAGGUAUGAAUGAGGAGACAAUGGAGGAGUCUAUUACAGAGAGUGCUGUAACAGGUGAAAUUUUACCAGCAACUGACCAAGAAACCAAGGAGGACCUGCAGGCUUGUUUGCAAAACCCAGAUCCUCAGGAUGAGCAGAUUACCACGGGUCCCAACGAAACACCAGAGAUGGUAUCUCAGGAAAAUGUUGCCAAUACUAUAGAAACAACAGAGGUGGUGUCUCAAGGAACCAUUGCUUCUGCUGGAGAAACAUCAGAGGUAGUAUCUCCAAAAAGCAUUGCCAAAGGAAGUACAGCUGAAGCUGUCACUGAACCAGAUGUUGCAACAGAAACCAUAGCAGAGGAUGUCAUUAAUCAAGCAAUCAAUGGGGAGGAUAAAGAAUCACUGGAAGUAGAUGCAGAAGGAAUGACCCCAGAACCUGUUUCAGCUGGCAAUGAUGCAAGCAGUGCUGAACCACUCACCCCCAAGAGCAAGCCAUCGGUUCUUGACAGUGAAAUGGUCUUGAGCUUCCAGGAGGGUGUAAACAUACAGAAACAGACAUUCUCUUGUAGCUGUGGUAGGGGAAGUGGAAAGAAUCUGAAGCGCACCCAGUUCUGCCUGACACUAGAGGGUGGCUAUCUUACACGUUGUGCCUGUUAUAGAAAUGCAUCUGGUUGCUCUCACAGAUGCCGCUGUUACCUCUGUUGCAAUCCAUAUGGCACUGCUCAAGCGGCAAAGGCUACCAAGCCAGCUCGUCAGGUACGUCGUUUCCGACCAAGACACAAAGUUCAGGUGAUCAAGAGUCGUUUUCCAAGUCUAACCUUUACCAGCCCUUUGCCAAAAAGUGAUGCACAGAACUCCAAGUGGUUGGAAGUUGACUCAAUGGCAUUUGAGUGCCUCAUAGCUACUAUGAGUCAUGCCGGAUUGGAACUGACUCCAGAGAAUAUCGCAAAAGAGUUUGCCAGGCUGUGUACCAUGUCACAAAAUGAUGGGGGGAUCCUGGGGAACACGGUUCAGUCCAAAAUGAUUGUAGACAUCACACACCAGUUGGAGGUUGUGCAGAAAAACAUCCGCACCUUCGAGAACUUGUACAAAAAGCAGACAGAGCUGAACUGGUUUCAAGGAAUGGAAGUUGUUUUCUCAACAGAAGUGGUUGUCUCAUCAUAGAUGAAAAAAUGGAGAAACAGUACAAGGACAUGAUGCGAGACCAGAAAAGACAGAGAUCAAGAUUGUUGCGCUAAAAAAAAACAGUUUGAUUGUUGAUAAUUAACUGCUGUAUGAACUACUCUUUUUACACAAUUUGUAGAAAAGGGCAGAUGGCCCAACAAAGGUCACUUGCAUAGUUGGGUUGAAUGAUUUUGUAUAAGAAGCUCCCCUAUAGAUCAUUACCAUCUCAUAUCGUCAAACUUUUCUUUGAUCUCUAUUGCUGAUUGCAUAAAGUCAUACAGUAUUCUUUAACAUCAAGAUCAGUAGUAACAUUUAUUUAUCUAAGGUAUGCAAGUUUUAGUGGUCAAUAUACAGUAUUGCAAAUGCUCAGAUUGUAACACAAACCAUUUUCAUCUUGGACUUUUAGUUAUAACCAGUAAGAAUGCAGUAACCAUGAGUAUAAAUCACACCACUUUUUUUUUACGAUAACUGCAGAAAUUCUUGCACAGUCAUUGGCUAAUUUUCAUUGUCAAUAAGUGGACAGGCACAUGAAAUUAUAAUUUAUGUGGUGCGUCAACAAGUGAGAGCGGACAAUUUGACAAUUUGUUAUCCUAAGCAACAAAUUGAUCUCAGUUUUUAAUACGUCUGUCCUAUUAUUGACAGUGAAUUUCGUCUUAACAUUGUCAAAGUAGUCUGUGGAUCCAGACAAUGUUAUGACAAAAUUCAUGUUCAAUAACAGGACAGAUGCAUGAAAAACUGAUGUCAGUUAGUUAAGUUGACCAUGUUAGUUUUACAGUUCUUUACACGUCAUACCAUACUUAAGGAUUGCUUUCCAUGAAAAGUAGUUUAUAAACGUUUUUCGUACUGGUUGGGUUUAUUUCCUCUCAGAUAAUCAUUUUCUAUAAAUUGUUCUUAAAUAACUCAUUGGAGCUUAACUUGUGAUUGGCAAAUUGUAAUAAUACUUAAGUUGUAGUCAAUGGUAAAUGAUUGUCAUUGUUUGGUAUUUGGAUGGAUACUUUGAAACAUUAUGGUAUUCUCUUUCACCAUAAUUAACAAACAACCACCUGUUUUAAUUUUAGAAUAAAAAUGUAUCUAUAUAAGUUCUCAA